UUCCUCACUACUCCCUGAAAAGAAAUCAAAUAAAGCCUUAUUUAAAGAGAGAGAAGAAGGAAAGGGAGACGGAUGAGGGGCUGUGACGGCGCGUAGAUUUCACGUGUUAGAUCGUCCCUGAUUUUUCCAUUUUCCUGCAUUUUUCAAAUAACAUGUUAUGUUUUCAGUUUUUGGUUGAUCAAUUAAUUAGUUAAUUGACCAAUUUUUAUUUUGGUGAUUUUUAUUUUUAUAUUGAUCAAAACACACUGUUUUCCUUUCUGAAAGUGAAACCCUAAUGGCGAUGACUGCGGAUUCGCAAUCUCAUUCCUCUCAAUCUCCGAGAGGCGCUGGUUCUGGAGAUGGUGUUAACAGUCCUCAUAGUAGGAAAAAUUUGCCAUCCCCGUGGGCUCAAGUUGUGCGCGGUGAACCGGAAUCAAUUCCGGCUUUUCAUCCCUUGCCAUCACCGUCGUCUCCCAGGGAGCAGCAAUCUAAUUUUUCUGAUUGCUUCCCUCAUAAGCCGCUUUCUCCACUGCAGACGGCGGCAGACAAUUUUUCCGGGUCUGAUACUUCGGACAGUAACAACGGCAAUGCGGGUAGGCCAAAGAAGCCGGCUUGGAAGAAGCCGUCAAAUGGCGCAGCUGAGGGUAGUUCUGUGAUGGGAGCCGAUUCAUGGCCUGCUUUAUCUGAAUCCACCAAACCUUCUCCUAAAUCAACAGGAGCCGAUUCUUCUUCGAAGAUCGCUUCUGAUGGACCUCAGGGGCCUGUAAGACCUGAUUCGCCUCACAGUCAAGCUUCCAGUAAUGCAAAAUCUAAUUCUAUAUCAAACUACGCGAUGCCAGCUCGACAGAAGUCCAUGAGGCGGGGGGGCAGCGGCGGUAGUAGCUCUGGAGGUGGUCAUUCUCAAAGCAGCGUCUCUCAUGGCCCACCGGCGCCACCACCACUUCCUAUAUUUCCAAUGUCUCCCAAUGGUUAUGGGAAUCUGGUACCACCAAUACCAGAUCAAUCUCCGAGAGACCAUCCAUACAGGAAUAACAAUUGGGAACCAAGACGAGCUGGGGGGUUUGGACCUCAACCACCCAUGGUAAAUGAUCACAGACAUUCUUCUCGGAGAGGCAACUUUGGACCACGUGGAGAUGGUCCCUACCAGAACAAUUUUGGGGGUAGGCGCGAUCAAGACCGUGGACAUUAUGGGAAUGUCAGAGAUGUUCAGGGGCACCCACAGAGAUCUCCAAGGGGCUUUGUUAGGCCUCCACCACCCAAUACUGCCGCAUUUGUUCCACCCCAGCCCGUGAGACCUUUUGGGAACCCCAUGGGUUUUUCUGAUUUGGUAUAUAUUCCUACAUUACCAUUGGAGACCUUUAGGAUGCCUUUCAUUGCACAUGCGCCGGCACCCACAAUGAUUGUUCCUGUUCAUGAGACUCCUUUGCGUGCUAUGUUAGUCUUUCAGAUAGAAUAUUAUUUCAGCGAUGCUAAUUUAGUCAAAGAUGAAUAUUUGAAGUCGAACAUGGACAGUCAUGGCUGGGUUCCAAUUACUCUAAUAGCGGGCUUUAAUCGAGUUAAGAGCAUGACUAAGGACAUCCAGUUAAUCUUGGAAUCCUUGAUGACAUCUACUGUUCUUGAAGUACAGGAAGACAAAGUUAGAAGGCGUAAUGAUUGGAUGAAAUGGAUACCUAGUUCUAGCAGGAAUCCUAGUGAUUCAGGCCUGCAAUCCUCGAGUGCGCCAAGUCCUGAUGUGCUGACAAAGUCAUUUCAAAAGAUGACAGUGGAGGAAAUGACCCCUGAUCAACAUAGCAUGACGUUAAAGCCAUCUCCUAGCCCAGAAGAUGCUCUAACGAGUUCAUCCGAGUUGACGUCUCAGUCACAAAUCUCUCAAGGGGAAGGUAUUGACAAUGCAAGUUGAAGCUGAAACCAAACAGUCUAUGCAACCCACCACACAUUUAAACACAAUCCUUUCUACAGUUGGUUUUUAGGGGAAAGAGAGAUGGAUGGUGAUGGAAAGUCAGAUGCACCUUCUCAGUUUUAUUUUUAUUAUUAUUAUAAAUUUUUGUUUUGUCCGUUGCUGUGCCUUGUUUUGACAGAAUUUGCUGAGGCGCAUAGAAGGAAACAAAAUAAGAAAUAUGUAGGUAUCUUAUUCAAGGAAACUAAGAAAGAAAGUGAGAGACAGGAUUUUUAGGUUUUUUAACUGCGCAGAAUUGUAAUGUUUUUGGUUUUUGUAUAGUUUGGUUUUUCUGGUGUGGAUGAUUAUAUUCUUGUGGUGGUAUUGCAUGGUUGACAAUCUCAA